AUGGCCCGAGAACUAUAUUCCGGAGACGAAGAGUUGGAUGAUGAUGAUGAUGAUAAUGAUAUCGAAGAAAAUGAGCAACAAGAAGCGGACUACAUUGACAAAGGUGUUCAAUCGGCUUCUGAGGAAGAAAAUGCUCAGCCCAAAGCAAAAACAACAUAUUCUACAUCCCCAAGCAGUUUUGAACCAGCAGGAACCCCGUCUAAAUUUACUUCCGCCUUCUAUGACCGUCCAAAUCUACCAAGUCCACUUUCCAGUAAAAUGAGGGCAUACAGCACAUCCAAAUCAUCGGAAAUUACGGCUCCCAUUAUUGCACGAGCUGACCAACCCGGGUCAAAAAUCAAACCGUUAAGUGAUCUCCGUUCACGGUUAAACUUUGAAGAAUUACGAAGAAAAUGGGAUGAACGUGUUGCUCGAGAACAGUUACAUUUGGAUGAACAAUGUGAUCGUAGUCGCGGAGAAGAGUCGCAAGUGGAUCGGAUUUCUCACCAUGAGGGACAUCGUGGCACGGCUGUCACAUCCAUUUUGCCCACGAUCGACCGGAAAUCGCGUUCUGGUGAUGAAACACGCCGAGGUAAAUCGUUCACCGAUGGGAGAAAUCAAAGCCCGUCGUCAGUUUCACCGGAAAGUGCAUCCAAAUCCCGAUAUUUAUUCAAUCGAAGUAACACAUUUCCGGAUCGUAUACAUACCUCCGGUUCCAGUUCACGGGUGACAGAUACAACAGACCACAACGAACCGUACGCACAAUCUCCACACUCAGUCCUGUCUGAGCCAGCAACGGAUAGAGAGGAAAAAGAGGCAAAGUUCUCGUACAAUCACGAAAAGCUCCGGGUGAGCCAGGAGAAUAUCGGUCAUUUGAGUCCUCUGGCACGGGGUAAGGAGUUUCAACUGUUGCUGAGAUCACCUCAAUCUCAGAGUUUGCAUUUAUCACCGAUGAAUGAGUGUAUCAUUUUUUCUUCACGUGGCAUUUUUUCUACUUAG